AUGUACAUCGCUCUCUACUACGUAGUCGCGCGCCUCCCUGACUCCCUUCGCGUCGUCAGGGACCACUUUCUCGCAGUCUGUCCCACCACUCUCACCGUCGACCUCCUCGAGAAGGCCCUCCUUGCAGCGGAGAAGAGCAUAGUCGCUGUAGGUGCUUCUCGUGGUGACCCUCGCACCCCCAUCUUUGAGGGGUGCUCUCCUUCCCCCUUGCUGCCCUCUGUUGCCUCUGCUGCUGCUGCCGACCUGCUUGGUCUUGAGUCGGUCGGCGCGGCGUCUGCCCCUAGUGGGAGACGUCGCUCCAGCAAGGGCAAGGGAGGCAAGGGCGCGGGUGGAGCUGGGGGGGGCGGUGGCGGUGGCGGCGGUGGCGGCGGAGGGAGUGGGGGUGGCGGCGGGACUAGUGGCGGGGGUGGUGGUGGUGGUGGUGGCAGCAGCGGCGGAGACGGUGGUGGUGGUGCCAGCGGUGGUGGUGGAGGCCGCGGCGGAGGUGGAGGCGGCGGAGGUGGAGGCAGUGGAGGCGGCAGCGGCGGAGGCAGUAGUGGUGGAGGAGGUGGAGCUGGUCGGGGUGGUACCCAGCAGCGUAGCGGCGGUGGUGGUGGCCAGCGCUCGCACCGGCAGCAGCAGCAGCGCUCACGGGACAUCCCUUCGCCUCAGCAGCUUCGUGAGUGGUACGCUGGGCGUCAGAGGGGUGGGGGUACUGGUCCCUGCACCUACGUGGCUGCGUCGGGUGUGUCCCAGGUAGACGCCGUUGACCCGGUCGAGGUUACUGGUGACUCUGGUGCUGCUGCGGGUGCUGAGCCUGGGGGUGCUGACUCUGGGGGUACUGUGCGCGGGGGUGCUGUGCCUGGGGGUGCUACUGCUGGGGGUGCUGGGCCUGAGGGUGCUACUGCGGUGGGUGCGGAGCCUGGGGGUGCUGAGCCGGGGGGUGCUGUGCCUGGAGGUGCUGGGUCUGGGGGUGCUGGGUCGGGAGCUGCUGAGCCUGGGGGUGCUGAGCUGGGAGCUGCUGAGCCUGGGGGUGCUGCGUCUGGAGCUGCUGAGCCUGGGGUUUCUCCUGCUGCUGCGUCUCGCCGGGAGCCCCUCUCUCCACAGGAGCUGCGCGAGUGGUUCGCUCGCCGCUGGAGGCGUGCUGCUGAGUCUGGAGGUGCUGCUGGAGCUGGAGCUGGAGCUUCUUCGAUCGUCGAGGGUGCGGGUGCUGCCGGUCCCGGAGCUGCUGGACCUGCGGGUCCUCCUGGAGCUGGAGCUGCUGAGGGCGCAGCCACGGAGGAGGAAUUGGCCAGGAGUGCAAGACAAAGCAAGGACCGAGAGAAGAACAAAGGAGAGAGAGAGAGAGAGAGAGAGAGAGAGAGAGAGAGAGAGAGAGAGAGAGAGAGAGAGAGAGAGAGACAGAGAGAGAGAGAGAGAGAGAGAGACAGAGAGAGAGAGAGAGAGAGUGAGAGAGAGAGAGAGAGAGUGAGGGAGAGGGAGGGAGAGCGAGAUAGAGAGAGAGAGAGCGAGGUAGAGAGAGAGAGAGAGAGAGAGAGAGAGAGAGAGAGAGAGAAAGAGAAAGAGAGAGAACGAGGGAGGGCGAGAGAGAUAGAGAGAGAGCGAGAGAGAGUGAGAGAGAGAGAGAGAGAGAGAGAGAGAGCGAGAGGGAGACGGAGAGAGAGAGAGAGAGAGCGAGAGAGGGAGAGAGAGAGAGAGAGAGAGAGAGAGAGAGAGAGAGAGAGAGAGAGAGAGAGAGAGAGAGAGAGAAACUAUCACGACGACAUCGUGAGGAACAAGGUCGUUGGACCAAGUGACGCAAAUGCGCCGAUCUCGUUGUAA